CCGCUUUUGCGAUCAGAACUUGUAACAGCGUUUCUUCUUGCCUCUAGCGUAAUAACGUUUUGCAAUUCGUGAUGAUCUUGGCCGUCCGUUAUCUUUUAUAGCCUGACUUUCUCCGUUUCAAGGCCAGGAAGUUUCCGCCAGAACUUUGCCGUGCACCCAACGUGAUUGCGCAUGCUGCAGGGCGGCUCCCCGCUGUCGUGCCUGGGGGAAUGCGCGGACGCCGAGAACGUGCGGCUCAGUGUGGCCAAGCUGUGCGCGUCACCUGACGAGGCCGAAGACGAGCGUCGCGCCUUGGCCUGCCUACAGGCGGCGCUCGCAGCGGAACUGGUGGCACUGCCCGUGGAUGACUAUUUUGCGCAGACUUUGAGCCCGUUCCUGCCCACGUACGGUGAUCCGCUGGUGCCCGUUGACCCCAAAGUGCUGGCGUACCAGCGGCGGCCCCUUGUGGUCUCUGGUGGCACAGCGGGUCGCCACCCUGGCGCACCGCUGUCGGUCCUGGUGGGCUUCGCUCGGGGCGAGGGUCAGCACUUCUUCGCGCGCUUCUUGGACGCCUCCACGAACGGCUCGUGGGCGCACUUCACGCCCGACCAGCACCGCAGCACCGCCUCCGCCCUGUUCACGUUCACCUUCGGCGAAGAGAUCUUGGAAGCCGAGAGCCUGCACACAGACCUCGAGUCGUUGAACGACCCGCGGCGCGUGUUCCGCCGCUACGGAGUGCUGCUGGACGACGCGCUGUACGUGUGUCCCGCGCUGGCGUUCGCCGAGUACCUGUCGGACGCGGCCCUGGUGCACGUGUACGACUUCGCGCUAGUGGACCACGAGAACGGCACGCCAGCGCAGGCGCCGCAGCACAGUGACGACUUCGACGCUGCCUUCAAUUACGGAGCCGAUGACUACCUCGAGCCUCGAGGUGCGCGAGCCUUCGCGGACGCCGUAAUUGCCUUCAUCAGCGCAGGGUAGGGCUGCAUU